CAUUGGCUCCGCCCUUUUUCCUCCGUUCCUUCCGGCUCCUUUCUCUGGGUUGCCUAUGAGUGAAUGUGAGACUUUUGCACACAUUCGCAGUUUGCUGCGGCGCUUCUCUCCCCCCCCAUCGCUUUUAUUUUAUUGAUUUUUUAAAUAGAAAAUAUCCAUUGGUGUCAUCGGGUGUAGAGGGAGGGAGAGGAACGAACCUCUAGUUUUCAUGCUGCGUGGGGGGAAAGUGAACGAGGGCGGUGGGCUGCGCUCUCUCUCUCUUUUUAAAAAAGUCUUAUUCUUUAAAGUGCUGGCUUCCAGUUCAAAGUUCACAAAGCAUCGCUACUCCUCCUCCCCCUAAAAAGUGCAGUAGGUCUCUCUUUUUUUUUAAUGCAAGAUGGCGGACUUGCACUGAAGAAGCAGAAAUGCAGAGGUCUCUAAAAGCUGCUUGCAAAAAUAUUGCAAGGUGGUAGACACCGAAGUUAAGAAGCUGCUGCUUGUUCUUUUAUCCUUUGCACUGCAAGUCGCCGUCCUGCCUUGUUGCACUACAGGGAUGCUGCUAACGGGCUGAAGAAUGCUGAGAACCUGCCAUGCGUUGACGGAGAACCAAAAGCCAUUACCGUAACACAAUCCUCCAGGAAGCUUGACACGGAGUGGGAGCCGCGUCAACUCAAACCUGCCAGGUCUCUUUGCCGCAGCAGAAUGGCAAGUAAGCGGAAAUCCACUACGCCCUGCAUGGUCUUAGCAAGUGAGCCAGACCCAGACUUGGAGGUGGUCUCUGACGUGGAAGAAGGUCCAGCUGCGAUCACGCCAGCAGGGAGCGUCUCGAGUGACGAAGACUCUCAAGAAUAUGCAGACUCGGACAAUCAGCAAAAAAAAAAAGUCGAAGGGGGUUAUGAAUGCAAGUACUGUACCUUCCAGACUCCAGAUCUCAAUAUGUUUACUUUCCACGUGGAUUCCGAGCACCCGACCAUCGUACUGAGCUCCUCCUAUGUCUGUCUUGAGUGCAAGUUCGUCACCAAGAGGUAUGACGCCCUUUCGGAGCACAAUAUGAAAUACCACCCCGGAGAGGAGAACUUUAAGCUCACCAUGGUGAAGCGAAACAACCAGACCAUCUUUGAGCAGACGGUGAACGAUCUCACUUUUGAUGGGAGUUUUGUCCAGGAGGAGAAAGCGGAGGAGUCGGAAGCUUCCGAGGGCCAUUUGUCGGGCAUCUCGAUCAGCAAGACCCCAAUCAUGAAAAGGAUGAAGAAUAAGAGCGAAUCGAAGCGGAUCGCCGUUUUCCACAACGCAGCGGAGGAUGGUGCCACAGAGGAGAAAGAUGCCGAAUCGGACCCGGAGUGUGAGGAAAUCCUAGAGAAACCGGCUCCUGCCGUUUCGGACCCCAACCCGAGUAAUUCGCUGGCGGCGGAAACCAUUAGCACGGUUGUGAACCCCACCGCAGUGAUCCAGCCUGCGCAAGUGAUUACUACCAUCACGUCUCCGCAGAACUCCAACUUGAUUUCUAAAGUCUUGAUCCCUAUCAAUAGCAUUCCGACCUAUAACACUGCUUUGGAUAACAACCCCCUCUUGCUCAACACCUACAACAAGUUCCCGUACCCGACGGUGUCGGAAAUCGCACUUCUAGCCACGCAAGCGAAAUACACCGAGGAGCAGGUCAAGAUCUGGUUCUCUGCCCAGCGCCUGAAGCACGGCGUCAGCUGGACGCCGGAGGAGGUGGAGGAAGCAAGGAGGAAGCAGUUCAACGGCACUGUGCACACUGUCCCCCAGACCAUUACGGUCAUUCCGGCACACAUCUCGGCAGCCAGCAACGGCCUGCCUUCCAUUCUGCAGACCUGCCAAAUAGUUGGCCAGCCGGGCCUGGUGCUUACGCAAGUCACGGGCGCCGGCACACUUCCGGUGACUGCCCCGAUCGCGCUGACGGUGGCCGGAGUCCCGAACCCGGCCCAGUUGCAGAAGGCGCAGGUGCAAGCGACUCAGCCCGUUACCGAAACCAAGCAGGUGGCUGCCGUCCCGGCCCCUCAGCUUACCAAAUCGGAGGUGGCGGCGGCGGCAUCAAACGUGGACAUGGUCGGGGGGCGUACGAAGAAGACCAAGGAGCAGCUGACGGCGCUGAAGAUCAGCUACCUGAAAAGCCACUUCCCUCUCGACUCAGAGAUCGUUCGGCUCAUGAAAGCGACAGGCCUGACCAAAGGAGAGAUCAAGAAAUGGUUCAGUGACACCCGGUACAACCAGAGGAACUCGAAGCACAACCACUAUAACCAUCUCAGCAACGACUCCUGCACCAUUGUGAUUGACUCGAGCGACGAGACAAACGAGCCCUCGACAAUGGUGCAGCCGCAGCAGAAGCCGUCCUGGAAUGCCUCUGACCUCAGCCCCCAGAAAUUUAAGGGGAAGACUGCCGAGCAGCUGCAGGUCCUCCAAGACAGUUUCCACAACAACCCUGCUCUUACAGACGAAGAACUGAACAGGAUACGGUCGGAGACCAAGCUGACCAGGCGGGAGAUAGACGCUUGGUUUUCGGAACAGAAGAAGCCGAACGUUCCGCAGGACGAAAGCGAGGAAUUGGCUGAAAGUAAUUCAGGAAGCUUGAAGGAAGCAUCUGCUGAGGCUUGUGGUGGGGAAGGAACUGGAGCCCAGAAGUCGGGGAAGCUGUUUAAGAAGUCGCCAGAACAACUGCAUAUGCUCAAAAUGUCCUUCGUCCGGACGCAGUGGCCGUCUGCGGAAGAAUACGACAAGUUGGCAGAAGAGACCAGGCUCCCCCGGCCGGAGAUCGUUAGCUGGUUUGGAGACACGCGUUACGCCUGGAAAAAUGGCGGCUUGAAAUGGUACUACUACUACCAAGGGCCCAAUGCAAGCAGUAUGAAUGGCCAAGGCUAUUCGAGGCGGAGGGGGAGAGGACGGCCAAAAGGCAGAGGGAGGGGAAGGCCUCGUGGGCGGCCGAAAGCCAACAAACGGACCAGGCCUUGGGAACGGACGCCGAUCAUCAAAUUUAAAACUGGAAAAGCCAUCCUGAAGGACUAUUACCUGAAACACAAAUUCCUUAACGAGCAGGACCUUGACGAGCUGGUGGCCAAAUCGCACAUGGGAUACGAGCAGGUCAGGGAGUGGUUUGCGGAGAAGCAGAGGAGAGCCGACUUGGGCCUUGAGUUGUUUGAGGAGGAAGACGACGAGGAGGAGCCAUUGGAAGAGCAGGACGAUGAAGAAGAAGGCGAGGCUGAGGAGGAGGACGAAGAAACAGAUGACAGCGACAACUGGGAGCCUCCUCGACACGUUCGACGUAAGCUCUCAAAAUCGGACUGAGGUUCCAGUUCUUUGGUCGCGGGACAUGGCUGUGCGGUGUCAAAUGAUUGACGCUGUCCGUCCAGUCCUGGUGGCCCCUAAAGAUUCCCUCCACUUUUGGAAAGGGGGAAGUGAGUCACUGACUCCUGCAGCAAUCGCAUAUUUGCUCCUUGGUUGGCCGAAGUGAACAAGCAGUUCCAGGAUUUGGAAUUUACAAAUUUGGCUCUCCUCCACAUCUCUGCUGGCGAGGCUGCACCACAUGAGGGACUGUUGGUUUAAUGGCCUUAUGUUUGAUUCCAAAAAUCCUUUAAGGGUGCAGAUGCUUUUUUAAAAAAAUAAAAAUAAAAUAAAGAAUCCUCUUAACCGCAGUAGGAAAAUUAACUGAAAAACGAUGUUUGAAAAACGUGCUUCAUGUUGCAAAACUGCAUGUCUAUUUUCCUCCCUCUGAGCAGAAGGACAAUUUUAUUUUAUUUUUCCAGAGAAAAACAAGAUGGGUUGGGGUAAAGGAUACCAAAGGGCAAAUAGCAGCAAAAAUGUGCGAGGAUGGCUUGCGGUUUUUAUGUGUUUUCUUAGGACAAUAGAGGAAAAGGAGUACCUUUGUUACAUCCGAAGCCUGUGUGCUAGGUUUACAGAAGUCCUAUUGAAUGUGUCUCUCUAGCUGUGUUCAGGGAGCUUGGGUUGGAAGUAUGCUUUUAUAUUAAAAACUAAUCAGUGUAUAUCAUAUUUAAAUACUAGAUAUGAUUAAUGCAGCCAAUACCAAAACUUGUCUUUGACCGUGCAGUUCUUUUGAAAUCGCCAACAAUAAUGGGUUGCCUCCGUACAGAAAGGUCCCCAAAAUAUGUAUAGCAGGCUUUUUUUAAGGAAAAGAGCAAAGCUUAUAAAAAAACAACAACACAACAGCUGCCUUGGUUUUUAAAGAGCAAUGGCCAAAUACUUUAGCCUGGAGGAGCCUGACAGUUCCCAGCCUAGACAUCAUCUCUUCUACUUCUCCAUUGUGACUCUCCCAACCCAUCACACCGUCAAGCAACUUUGACUGGGGAGAAUCUGCCUACACAACCUGUAGAACAGAUAUUGUUGGGACUCCCAACUCCCAUCAGCCCCAGGCAGCAUGGCCAAUGGUCAGGGAUGAUGGGAGUUGUAGUUCAGCAGCAUUGGAAAGCCACAGCUGGCAUCCCGUCUAUCGUGGGGAAUAUGCCAAAAAGCAUCCUGUGAGUCACAGUAGCUUGUGGUUACAACGUGGUGCUGAUAACGCCAAGUUUGCAGGUCUGAUCCUUGUAAGGAAUGCCUGCAUGCAUAUUCCUGCAUUGCAGGGGGUUGAACUAGAUGGUCCUCCGGGUCCCGUCCAACUCCAGUGAUUGAAGAUAUGCCACUGUUUGCCAGCUUAGAAGGGGCGCCAUUUGCUUUCUGCCAGGCACAGAACGGGUGUAAGGGGUCGAAUGGGAAUAAUGACAAGAAUUGGAUUGGAACUUGCAAUCCUUGCUUGAGAAGAUCGGUGGUUCCCAAAUUCCCUCUGUCAAGGAACUCGUGGAUUUGAAGUCUCCCGCCCAGUAUAAUAUAUAAGACCAAGCAAAGCAGUUCAGCUAGCGGAACUUGCUCUGGGUCUGUAAUCCUGCAACCAGGCAAACCGAGCAGAUAAGGUCAGGUGGAACCCAAGGUGUCUUUGUCUUGUGUGCUGUGCUUUAAGCGGCAUAGAGCGAAAAGAACGCAACAAAGGAACCAGCGGCCUGUCUCCUUGUGGUCCAGCAACAUUGCCCUGCAAAUUGUGUGGUCCCCUGCAAGCCACGUACAGAUUGGGAGUCAGUUGCAGAGCAGGCAGGCGGUCAGAAAUGUGAGUUAACGGGAGCUUGCAGUGUGUCCAACCCCUCCACUUUAGGGACUUUGAAACAGGUUUGCAAGCUGGAGAGAGAGCGCGCAGCCUGAGAUCCAUAUAACUUCAGGUUUAUUUUUACAGCCUUUUUUUUGCUUUGCCAGUGUUUGAAUUCAUACACGGUUUAAAAUUGUGACAUUUCCUGCCUUUCCAGCACUGGGCGUGUGGCUAAAUCUCCUGUGUGGUUCAGCGUUGCCUCAUUUGUCUUCCUUUGCAGUUGUAGCUCGAGCAGAUGAAUUUGAACAGCUAGUUGAACCAGACUUCACAGUAACUAAUUCAGGCAGCCAAUUACUUCUGCAACUUUGCAGCGCAGCCAAGCAUUCUUCUUUCCAGUUCAGUUCUUUACCUUAUUUAUUUCCUUUAACUUGCUAGGGGGGAAAUCCUUUGUGGCGUUCAGUAUUAGCCUCCAGAAAGCUGCCUUUUCCCAAGCGUUUGACAGGCCAACUUAAAAACCGUGCACUGGAAUUAUUUGUCAAAAUUAGCCAGCUUUCAAACGGGCAUGGUCCGAUGCAGUGCUAACGUCCUGCAAACCAUGGUUUACAACUUCAAAACCAGCCUCAAAUAAAUGUGUUCCUCCACCCACCCACACCUUCCAUGUUUAACCAUAGUUAAACACAGUUAACCAGGUUUUCUUAGGACCAACUCAUUCCAAACUAUCGUUUCAAACUGUGGUUUACGAGAGGACUGUUGUUUUGUAUUUGCACAUAUGAAAUGCUAAGUCAUGGUUAAAGCCAGUCAGGGAAGGGAGAUGGAGAGUUGCUGAUGUGCAAACCGUGGUUUACAGGGAGCCAGUGUUUCAUUUUCACUUGUUUCCAACAUCCAAGCCCUUCUCUCAAUGCUUUAUGCACAGGGGCUGGUGAUUGUGGUUUUGACACAGUUGACUUGCGCCGUUUUUGUGGAGAGGGCAUGAUUCCUGUGUUUUGUGCUUUUAAUGUGGGAAAGUAAUCACAAAAGUAUUUUUCCCUUAGUCUUUCAUGUAACAAAAAUUUCCCCUCCUCAAAGCAGAAGCAGGUGGUUUGAUCUUAGGCCUCCCCCCCCCCCAGCAUGGUUUAAAAAAACCUGCUGUCUUCACAUUAGGACACAUCUGCAUGAAGAGCAUUGUGAAAAUGAUGCAGUUAAAACCAAACCUUCCCGAGGAUUUUGCCAUCUUUAAGGGGGUGGGACUUAAGACUGGGUCCCUUCCAACUCUAUGAUUCCAGUUCAGUGGAAGCGAACAUCGAUACUGGCACUUGUUUUUGAAGCUAUUUUGGUUCUGGCAGCAUGCCAUAGGAAAUAAAUCCUCUCUGUGGCAUUUCUUUAUGAGCGGCAAUUUUUGUUUGUUAAAUUGCAGGCUGUUUCGCACUUCGGCAUCUCGAGGGGGGGGGGCGGACCUGUGUUGAGCUGUUGGGAAUAGGCCUAUGUAUUUAAAAUGUAGUCAGUCGGUUCAGAAAGCGGGUUGAGUCGAAAUCUCUCUCUUGGUUGACAAGACAGACUACAGCCCACCUAUUAAGACAUUUUGGGCGCUUUUGAAAAUUGGGAGGCAAUGUAUGUCUGUUCCCCCCCCCCCUAAGCAUCACCACCAAUUUAAGAGCAAGUUUAACAGAGGGGCACAUGGAUUUAAAAAUGCCAAGUGGAGAGGUCCAUGUCUUCGCUUCUUUCAUCAACCAAAACAGGAGAGGGUUUGGAGGUCAACGGGGAACUCGCACAGAACUGUCCACUCUGCACUAGAGAAAUCAACCCCAUAUUUGAAGUCUGUUGCCUUUCGUUUGCUAUUUUUGUUCAAGUGUGUUGUGGGACCCAAGCAACUUCCCUUUCCAGCAGCAAAAGCAUUUUUAGCACUGAUUAAAUAAACCCUCCAAUGUAGUGAUGGCGUUUCUGUUUUUUAAAGGGGGGGGUGGCGUUUUGUUUUGUUUUGCAAAGCUGCUUUGGCCUGGCGAUAACUGUAGGAUGUUGUUUCAGCUUGCAUUUGUUUACAGCCCAGCUUUCCCCAACUCCGCUUAAAAAGGAAAAUAUUGAAAAAUGAUAGCGUUGCAAGCACAAGGUUGCGAGGUGACGACCAGCACUGUGACGAGAUGAAGCGUGGGGCUGCCUGUUACGUUGCUCUUUUUCAAAGUGGCUUUCUUCCUAAUUUCUGGGAAAACUCUGCUCAGCAAUUUGCUGUUUUUCCUAGGAAAUGUUUUGGGGUGUAAUACAGGGUGAGAGAAUUGCACUGAGUGCCUCAAGGGUUCCAAGAUUUUCCUUCCACGAAACUGCUGCCGCUUUUCCUGUACGUACAUUAAGCAUAUUAUUUAUCCUGAUUUGCAGUUUGCAAAUACUGCGUUGGGAUUUUAUUUGGGAUACGAGAAUGGUGCUUUGGUAAUUGCCAGUAAAGAAUUGAGCAAGUUGCUAAAUCUGUUUUUCCUGGUUUAUCAUAAUAGCACUGCUGUUACAAAAGUUUUGGGGUUUUUACUUGACUGGUGCACAGUUUUCACCCUUCCUUGCUUCCCAAAGUGAUGAAGGGGGAAACAAGUUUUUUAGGGGGGGGGAGGCAGGCUUGCUCUGGUUUACUGUGAAUGAUGGUGGUCAGUUACCUGACCUUUUGUGAAAGCAAGAAAGGAAUUGGACAGACUGAACCCCAGGACUGGAAUAUGCCACAAGGAUUGGAUCGUCCACGAUGUGCCAAAGUUUUUUUUAAAAAAUGAACACUUCUUCAGAGCCGGCAAAAGUUCUGCACUGUAAUAUGACUGGUUCAAUGACAACUUGUACAAAGGAGGGUGGGGAGAAUCUGGUUUUAAUACAGACCAUUUUUAUUCUGCUACAUAGAAGGGAAGUUUAAUGUUUUGAAGACAUUUAAUUGAAAGGAGAAUUGGUGACCCAUUUUUCAUCUGGCUUGUACCGAUAACGAUGUUCUUGGUAUAUAAAGAUGGGCUUUAACCGCCUGUGUUCUUUGAUAAUGUGAUUUAAGCUUAUAGCUUUGAGUGACCAAACAUUUUACAGAGUAAAAGUUAUUAGAAACAAGUAAACUUGAUGGCUAUUUCUGUGUCUUAUUUAUCAGGAUUUGCACAGAGGUACAUACAUACAGGUUUUUUUUAAUAAAAAGGUGGAAGCUGCAGUGGACUUUUAUACACAAGCAUCUGCAAUACGAUGAAUUGUGUAGGUGUGGCUUGUUUUCUAGAGCGGAUGUCUGUCGCUUUAAGAGAUUUGUAUUAUUUCGAACCCUCUCUUGAUCCACACAGCUGAAGAAAACACGACAUGGCUGGCAGCUAGAAUCGCAGGAAGAAGUGCCCAAAGGCAACUGCAGGAAUAAUAAAAAGUCUGCGCCAAAUAUGUUGACAAAGAGAAAUCGGGAGUUUUGAAUUUCUGAAAGGGAUUUGCAGUAGGUAAUUAUCCUGGUAUGGGCUUUUGCUACUAUAGAUGGUAAUCCCAAUUCUAGUCUCAAUUGGGUGGCCAUGGUCCCAUUAGGAAGGCCCACGAUCUUUCUUGCCAGGAGAUUUUGCAGAGACUCCAGUCGCUGGAGUACAUUCAUGUUCCAUCCCCAUAUUUCCACCCCGUAUAGCAGCAUUGGGGGAAAUAAUAUCUGCUUGCUGGUGGCGUGUCCCCCUCCAAGAUGGAAGGACAGAGCCAGAAAACAUGUUCAUACAAACAGGUAAGCCUUCCAUUCCUCCCAACAUGUUCUUGGGAUGCACAAACUUGUAUGUGCCUGGCAGCCAAUGUGAUUUUUAACGGGUGUGUGUGUGUGUGUGUGUGUUUCUUAAUGGAGCCAUUGCCUAAGGGCUGGCAACACUGACCGCCCAUUGAAUGGUCUUCCUAGCAAGGCACACUGACCCCCAUCAAAGGGCUCUCUCUCCCACCUACUUUGGCAGAGCUUUCCAUAGGGCCUGUGAGUGGCACGGGCAUAAUUGCCUGCAAGCAAAAGUUGCAAUUCUCAGCAACUGGCGUUCGGAGUCACAGUACCUUCGACAGCAGAAAAGGCAGGACACAACCAUUGGGGGUACUAGGCACUGCUAGUCUUGCUUUCCAUGGCUGAGGUGCGAUGGAGGAGGGGGGGGCUGAAACCCCUCUGGCUGUUCACACUUGGAGGGCGUUAAAAGGGCCCUGUGCCUGUGCCUUUGCUUUUUGUUGCCCAUAAUAAGAUGGGGAGAAUCCUUGGGCUUAGACGUCAGGCUGUCCAGGAGCGAGCCUAGUCUUGCCGCAAAAUUCUGCAUGAUUAUUUUUCAAUGUCAAAAUAAAUAAAAUAAAAAAAUUGUCCAGUAGCACCUUGGAGACCAACUUAGUUCGUUAAGCUUAUACCCAGAACAAACUUAGUUGGUCUCUAAGGUGCUGUUGGACAAUUUUUUAUUUUUUAUUUUUUAUUUUUGACUGUGUCAGACCAACACGGUUACCUACCUGAAUCUAUUAUUCUUCAAUGUGUGAAUGAGAGAGAGAGAGCACUUCAGUUCUUAAGGCGCAAGUUAUUGAAAUGCCCAAUUGCUACCUACGUGCCGUGUCAGUUGGCCUCGAAGCGUUUUGCAAAGAAAAAGCCUAAAUUGGAUAUAUUGAAAUGAUGCUGAAGAAGACUGGCAUGUUGAACUGGAAAUUGGGAUAGUUGGCUUUCAUAUGUAUGAACGCACGAGUGCUUGUGAACAGGCCCACUGUCCUAACAAGAGCCUGUGCACGAAUGCUAAAUAUUUUGUAGAAUCAAGGCUUUAUCUUUGCUUCAAAAUUAUCCAUUUUAAAAAAAGUCUGCUGGCUGUUAGGGUUGGCCCUCCCCACCCAUGAGGCAAGAUGAGGCGACUGCUUCGGGCAGCAGGAUCUAUUGGGGCAGCAGAUCCUGAUGUAGCUCUUCACCACCUCCUUUUCCCCUGGCAGGGAGGGGCGUACCAUUUGGUGGUUUGCUUCAGGUACCAAUAUGUCUUUGGCUGGUCCUGGCAAGUGGACUUUAUCUAUAGUGCUCUGCUUACAUUGUGAUUCUUCAGAUUUGUAAAAGAAGGUGCAGGAUGUUAAGUCCAGUUAGGUUUCCCAAGAUUUAUUAUUAUUAUUUAUUAUCACCAAAAUUGCAGAAUAAAUUAUGCAGUUUUGCAUAUACUACAUUGUUUGCAGUAUUUUUCAUCUUUUAUUUAUGCAGACUAUGGAUUGCAGUAUUCACACAGCUGUCUGUUUUAUGCAACUUGUUGAACAAUGAUAAUUUUUGCCUUAAAAAUAAAUAAAUCCAAGUAUCUGUUUGUUCACAAGAGAGUUCCUGAACAAACUUGAGCAUGCACAAUAGUUUUCUUUUAUAAACUGAAUACAAUGGGAAUAUGUUUCAGCAACAUGUUUUAAGGAUCGAGCUAUCUACUGAAAUGUUAUUUGGUGGUUGAGUUGGUCUUGCCAAUCAGAAGGUCAGCGGUUCAAAUCCCCACAACGGGGUGAGCUCCCGUUGCUCAGUCCCUGCUCCUGCCAACCUAGCAGUUCGAAAGCACAUCAAAGUGCAAGUAGAUAAAUAGGUACCGCUCUGGCGGGAAGGCAAACGGCAUUUCCAUGCGCUGCUCUGGUUCGCCAGAAGCGGCUUAGUCAUGCUGGCCACAUGACCUGGAAGCUGUAUGCCGGCUCCCUAGGCCAGUAAAGCGAGAUGAGCACCGCAACCCCAGUGUUGUCCGCGGCUGGACCUAAUGGUCAGGGGUCCCUUUACCUUACAACAGGGUGGCAGGUAGGUUCUAUUGAAUACUUGUAAUUAAAACAAAAACUCCACCAUGAGCUAUGAUGGAUCCCCUUAUAAUCUUAAUGCAUUUGUGUUUUAUUUUUUCUUUUGGCCAAUUGUGAUCUUAGAUCAGUCUGUAAUUCUUAACAUUUUCAGCACUUCAAAAGUUGGUUUGACAUGUUUUCAUAUACUGCAAAAUGAGGCCUUUUAACACAUUUAUAUAUUAUUACCCAUUUCCACUGCUGUAAUAACCACCUGCCAUUGUAAAGAGUUUUGCAUCUGCAUUUCUUUUCACAGGGUGCUGAGCUGACUUUUGCUAGCUAUGAGAUAAUUGGGGAGGGGAAUGUACAAAACAUAAUAAAAAACCAGCAGCAGGCUUCCCACAAGCAUCUGGUCUGCCGCUGUGAGAACAGGAUGCGCACUAAAUGGGCCACUGGUAAACAAGGCUAUCCUUAUGUUCUCCCUAUAUUCCAGAUUAGGGUGGACCACGGUUUACAGCAGCCCGCCCGUGUCAGGGAAAGUCAAGGCUGGUUUGGAUUUGCAGACCCCCCCAAGAGAGUGGAGGAGGAGAUGCAAAACACCCUUCAGGUGGCAGCUAGGACUCAAUCCAGAGCUCGGUUUCGCAUGCAAGCCGGCUUGCUCCAUCGGCAGACAUACUUGACGUUUAACUGCUGAAACACCGAAAAGAGAGUGGGAUAUAUAAGGCUAGGGAGUAAGGGUGGCGAGGGCGACACAGAUGCUGUGCAAUCGGUGCUGCCCAAGCCGCGCCUCCGUUUGCCCGCGCCGCGUUCCAAGCGCCAGCGGACGAGGAAUGUCUUCCCAAGCCGACCCGGAAGC